UCUCUACAAAUAUGGAAAACGUUCAUAUGCAAGAUAUAAUGGAAUGUCCCUAUGAAAAACAUCAUCAAAUUUUAAGAUCACGAAUGCAGGUACAUUUGACACGUUGCCGUAAAAAUCACACGAAUGUAAAGAAAGUUACAUGUCCUUUUAAUGUAACGCAUAUCCUCAAUGAGCCAGAAUUAGAGUUUCACAUAAGUUCCUGUCCCGGACGAACAUCAUUUGAACAUUUCCGUAACACUGUAGAGGUUCCAAUAAGUCGAACAGUGCCACCACCAAUGCCCAAAUAUGAAAGUGAAGAGAAUUGGGAUGAUGAAAAUGUACCUUCUUACAACCCGCAAGCAUAUGCGGCAAAUGCUGAUGUUUUACGCUCCAUUCAGGGAGCACCACCAUCCCAAAGAAAAGCAUUUCGUAAACAAGAACGUUUACGUCUUUUAGGGAUUGAUAAUAAUUAG